UUAGACAUUUUCAAUAUUUAUUUUCAUUUUAAAUACAUUUUGAUAACUUAAUUUUUAUUAUUAUUUUUGACAUAGGUUUAUUUAGUUUUAUAUUAUAAGUUUGUUAUUAUACAUUUAUAUAUUACUUAUACUCGUAGAUAUCAAUACACCGCUUGGGUGAGAAGUUCUAAUAUUUUAUAACUCUACAAGUCCCGCGAAUCUAUGAAUUCAAUUUGAAUUCUAUUUAUAUUAAAUUACUUUUGUGCGAGUUUAUCGAAUAUUAAACGAUGGAAGACGUAAAAGUGUGCAGAUUAUGCUUAAUUACAGACGUUAAAAUGUACGACGUGGAGUCAUAUCCGUUUGUAAAUUAUUUUGAGUCAAUAAUUGGAAAUAAUGCAUUUAAUGCAUUGGGGAUGCCGCUGUACAGUUGUUAUGAGUGCACAGCUCUUGCCAAGAAAUAUCACGACUUCAAGGAGCGAUGUAUAAGGGGACAAGCAGUGCUUUACGACUUAUUAUGUAAAUCUGGAAAGAUUACAAAAACUGGUAUCACCUGUGUAAAUAGACAUGAUCUACAUCUGCAGUCUAAUUUAAGCACUACAAAAUCUUUCGUCGUAGAUGUGUUAAUAGACUAUCAGUGUCCGGAAAUAUCACCAGAAAAAAGCCAGCAAGAAAUUAAACAAGAGCCAUCUAUUGAAGAUAUUGAACAACCAAGUGCAGUUGAAACAGAAGAUGUUAAGUUGGAGGACUCGUUUGAUGUGUUUCUGUCACCAACAGUAUCAUCUAGUGAGGAUGAUGAACCAUUGUCGCGGCACAGGAGUAAAGAUAAAGAUAAAAAGAAGGGAAAGAAGAAGAAAAAGAUUGUGGGCGACAAUUGCAGUACCAAUAAUGAUACCAACGAGGCUUCCGAACCAGAAGUGCUUCCAGUGGUACCCAGAAAGCGAGGGCGUCCAAAGAAGACGGAGACAGUGCCAAAGCCUCGGAAGGGUCGCCGCGCUCCGACCGUUGAGGGUAUACCGUGUGAUGAGGACGACCUGGAACAGUAUGUCACUGUUAUAAAAUUGACGGAACAAGAGCAGAUUGAAGAAAUUAUGAAACGGCAGGAGUCGUCUAACUAUUUGAACGCGCCGUACCGCUGCGACCUCUGCUACAAGGGUUUCAUAGAGCCGCGAGCAUGGAAGCACCAUCGCAGCAAGCAUGACCCAAGUGCCGGCGAUAUAGAAUGCGUGGUAUGUAAGUUCAGGUUUAAAACAAAACGCACGCUGCAGAAACACGCCGCCAAUCAUGAGAAGAAAUACGCUUGUAAAUCGUGCCCCUACAUCUCAAAAACUACAACCCAGGCGAAACAACAUCAAAGGUGGCAUAAGGGUGUCACUUACAAAUGUCAGUACUGUGACGAGGUUUCCACUAAAUGGACAUCAUACCUGAGCCACGUGCGGAUCAAACACCCUUCGGAGUUCAUCUGCGGCGUGUGUGGAUAUUCGUUCGUGAGCAAGCUGGGCCUCGCCAUGCACAAGACCAUGAUGCACAAGGAACAAGCGCAAAAGGAACAAGAGGAAGGUGAGAACGAGGAAGAUAUGCAGUAUUGCAAAGAUUGCGAUGUGAAGUUCAUAUCGUUGGAAGCGUUCAAGAGACACAUGGUCACGUCUGCGAAGCACGCGCAAAGCACGAACUUCAACACGGGUUGCCGCGCGUGCGGGGAGACGUUCGAGUGCGCGGAGUCGCUGCGGCUGCACCACCGGCGGCAGCACGCGCGCCAGCGACCCAAGAACUACGGCAAGAAGCCCGCCGCGCUCCGCUGGCCCACGCGCUGCGAACACUGCUCGGAAGAGAUUCCAAACGCGCGCGAGUACUGGACGCACUUUCGGCGCGCCCACCCAGACAAGAAGUACCCCAUACAGAAGAAUUACAUCUGUGAUAUAUGCGGCAAGGGCUUCCGGGGCAACGCGUUUUUGGUGUACCACAAGCGGACCCACUUCGAGGAGCGUGCGUACAAAUGCGCGCAAUGUCCGAAGGCUUUCCACAACCGCACCAACCUGCAGAUGCACGAGAAGACGCACUCCGACCACCGGCCGUACCCCUGCACUGUUUGUAUGAAGGCGUUCAAGUCCAAGGGCGCACUCGACAGACACUUUAGAAGUCACACCGGCGUGAAGCCGUACCCGUGCGAGGUGUGCGGCAAGGCGUUCGGUCAGUCCAACAGCCGCAAGUUACACGUGCGCACCGUCCACCUGCGGCAGCCCGCGCCCUACCUCAGCCGCACCCGCCUCGAGCGACUCGAGAGACGCGCGCGGCCUCCGCGACCCGACGCCUGCUACUGAACGGUCACCAGUCACUCCCACACCACAAAUCGAAAUAACGUUUUUUAUAAUUAUCUCUGUCUGCCUAUUGCCGUCGGUACGUUACAUAGAUAUUCAUCAUGUGAGCGAAACAUUCCUGUUUAAUUUAUUAGAGUUUGUAAUACGAAAUGUCCUAUUAAAUGAAAUAUAUUAGAAUGAAUUUAGGUAGUAUAAUAUUUUUUUUAUGAAAUCUAUUUUAUAUUCGCAAUGACUCGUAUCGAGCCGGUAUAAAUAUAUUUAGAUAAAUCUUACUGUAUUUUGUUAUAUUUAGUUGCUUAGGUGUUACAGGCGC